GUUAACUGCUAAUGCAUUCAUACAAAAGCACGAAGUAUCUAGUCCAAAUUUUAUAGCAUACUUCAAAAAGCAUUACAUGAAUCGACCACAAAAGUGGUGCAUUGGUUUCCGCAAAACAGACCUACAGACAGAGGUUACAACAAACAAUUACAUAGAAAGUUUCCAUAAAUAUCUAAAACACCAUAUAUUCCAGAAAAAAAUCAAUAGAC